AUGGUUUUUACUCCAUACCCAGAUUUCCUCAUAAUCUACAACUCCCAGGAUGUUUCUCUUUCUCAACGUUUGCUACUCCCAAGUGAUUACAGAAAGUACUACCCAACGCCUCUCCCUCAGACAGCUGUUCUCCGGAAGCCAGAAGGAAACUUCUGGACUGUCAAAUGGACAUUAAGCCAAGAGGACACGAUUAGCUUCGAAGAUGGUUGGUCUAAGUUCAUCACAGACAACGCUCCCAUCGACGGAGACUUUCUCCUGUUCUCUUACGAUGGUUCACGAACCUUCUUGGUAAGCAUUUUCAGGGACGGCUUCCCUGUGAAGCCAAAAUCUCCUGUCAAUAUUCAAGAAAUUUCAGAUGAGGAUGAUGAUGAUGAUGAUGAUGAUGAUGAUGGUAAUCACGACAUGAAGGAGGAAGAAGAUGAAAACGAUCAGAACAUGAUCAUUUCUCUUUCUUUGGGAAGCAGCGACGAAAAUGAGGUUGAUACAAGGAUUGGUGAAGUUAACAAAGCUCAUGGAAGCUAUUUAAGGAAAGUUGGGUCUUCUCAAAGGAGACGUGCUGAAGCUAUUGGUGAUCCGGAAAUGUAUCUUGAUGAUCCUUCUAACCCUUACUUUAUCGCAGCUUCGAUUAGUAGGCCUUUAUUGGGUUUUGCUAAGCAAGUAAUAAAGGACUAUGACUUGAAGUUUGGUGACACAAUCAAGUUCAUCGAUGGAUUUGGCGAGUUAGAGGGAAAGAUUCGAAACUGGAAAGAUCGUGUUGGCGUUCACAGGUGGAAAGAAAUCUAUGAAAGAAAUGAUGCAACGCCUGAAGAUGUAAUCAUAUGUGAGAUUCUAUGUGAAGGAGGUGUUGUUCGAUCCAUCAAGGCUCAUUUCGUUAAGAAAUGAUGAUGAUUAGUCUAUGAUUUAUUUUAGCCUUGGUGUUUUCUUUUAGAGGCUCAUGUGUUAUCCUUUUCUCUGUUAGGAUCUGAUGUUGAAACUUGAUGUUUGGUUUUGGAUUUGAAGUUGUGAUCAUUUAAAUCUUUCUGCCGCAUGUGUAAUGGAAACAAACAAUGGAGUAUGACUCAGUUUUCUUCUAGCUUACGUUGAAACUUGGUGUUUGGUUUAG